AACACACACAUAUGCCCCUCCAUGCCACACGUGAGCCCCCACCUCCCCACUUAAUCUCAUUUCUUUUCUUUCAGUCAAACACGAGCACCCACAUCCACACACACUUCUUUCCACCUCACCCUCACUCUCUCACCGAUACUCACCUCACCACCACUUCCACCGUCAUUUUUCCGGUGAGAUUUACCGGAAAAGCUUUAUAGCAACCUCUAAGGCUUCUUCAUCUCUCCUUUUGAAGGUUUCGAUAUUCUUGGCGAUGGACCUAGUGAUUGGAUUGGUUGAUUUUGUGGUGCCCGGUUGAGGUAAAUUGGUUGGCCUUCUAAGGUGCACUUGGGAUAUAGUUUUCUGACUCUUGCUUUAGACCCUUUGGGUUUGCGGCGUGACAGAAAAGAAACCAAGGAGAGACUAUGGUAAACCUAAUUCCUGAGCAUUUAAAGAAGAUAUGGGACGCAUGGAACAUCAGGGGGGUUAUUCUCUUAAGCCUCUCAUUGCAGACUAUUUUGAUUUUGUUUGCUCCCUUCAGAAAACGCACACCUAAAAAAUUGAUGAUUUUGCUCAUCUGGUCAUCUUACUUGCUGGCUGACUGGGCCGCAAGCUUUGCUAUUGGACACAUUGCCAACAGCCAAAUCCCAAAGUCAGGUCCCAAGGAUAAGAUAGAAUCCAGCCUUGUUGGACAGAUUGUCUCUCAUUUCAGUGGUAAAGGAGACGUGUACAGCUCAUCCGAUGGGAAUGCUGAUCUUCUGGCGUUUUGGGCUCCCUUCCUUUUGGUACACCUGGGUGGACCAGACACUAUCACUGCUUUUGCCCUUGAGGAUAAUGAGCUCUGGCUUAGGCACUUAUUCAGCCUCCUCAUCCAAGUUCUUGUUACUGUUUAUGUCUUCUUGCUCACACUUCCUAAAAACAAGGUAUGGAUCCCAACAAUCCUCAUGUUUCUGGCAGGAAUUAUUAAGUAUUGUGAACGGACACGUGCAUUGUUUCUUGCAAGCUUGGAUAAGUUCCGAGAAUCCAUGCUUAAAGCACCUGAUCCGGGGCCCAACUAUGCCAAGCUUAUGGAGGAAUAUACUUCAAAGAAAGAUGCCGGACUACCAAUUCGGAUAGAAAUGACACCAGAGCCUGGUAAAAACUCAAAGCCUGAAGAUUCUACGUGUGAAAAUCAAAAUCCUGACAAUCUAGAGGAACUUGAGGUGGUGAAACAUGCUUACAACUACUUUAAAACAUUCAAGGGACUAAUCGUUGAGCUUAUCUUCAGCUUCCGUGAGCGCAAUGAAAGCCGAGAAUUUUUCCGAAAGAGAACUGCAGAAGAUGCGCUUAAAAUAAUAGAUUUAGAACUCAACUUCAUCUAUGAAGCUCUCUUUACCAAGGUGGUUGUGGUGCAUAGCUUAAUGGGAUACAUAUUCCGGUUUAUAUCCACUUUUUCAGUUGUGACGGCCUCUGGAAUCUUCUUUAAAAUGAACAAGGAUGGUUUCAAGAAGUUUGAUGUCAUUGUUAGCUACACUUUGCUAGUUGGUGCCAUUUGCCUGGAUCUAAUUUCUCUCUUCAUGCUCUUUUCCUCUAAUUGGACUAUAGCUGCUACCGAUUUCAACAAGCCACUGGGAGUUUUAUUUAAGUGGUCUGCCCAAAAAUAUCUUGAGUUAAAGAAGAUAAGGUGGUCUAAGUCUAUAUCUGAGGACUCCGAGGACGACGAUGAAGUAUUGGCUACUUAUAAACUGUUUCGCAGGUGGUCUGAAUCCGUGUCAAGUUUUAAGCUGAUAAGUUAUUGCCUCAGGCUAUGUCCACAUGAAAUCGAAAAGAAUCUUAACCUUAAACAGAAAGCCCUUCUUUAUUUGCGCUUAAUCUUUGAGUGUUUUUGGCCUUGUAUUGAAAAAAUCAUUGAUUUUUUGGGCACUAAAGAGUUUGUAACUCAGUUGAUGUAUGUAGAAAGCCACCAAUUCCAUAAAAAGCUAUGGAAAUUUAUCUUUGAAGAGCUGAAAGAGAAAUCAGGAGAUGCUGGUGAUGCGGAAACUACCAAGAAGAUAUGCUCAGCUAGAGGUGCUUAUGUUAUCCGAAAAGGCUAUCAAAAGAUAGCAGAGAACUAUAUUGAAAAUGUUACUUUUGAUGAGAGCCUUCUGUUGUGGCAUGUUGCUACUGAACUUUGCUAUCAUACAGAGGAAGAAGAUUGCCGCCAUGACCGUGAAGUCAGCAAGAUCCUCUCAGAUUACAUGAUAUAUCUUUUGGUGAUGCAGCCUACUAUGAUGUCCGCUGUGGCUGGUGUAGGGCAAAUAAGAUUUCGGGAUACCUGUGCUGAAGCUGAAAAAUUCUUUAACAGAAGGGGUUUAAAUCGAAAGGAUGUAAUGCGAGGCUGUAAAGAAAUCCUUGAUGUGAACACAAAAGUUAAGCCUGUUCAUGUAAAGGGAGAUAGAAGCAAAUCUGUAUUGUUUGAUGCAUGUAUGCUGGCCAAAGAGCUGAAAAAACUGAACAAGGACAAAUGGAAGAUAAUGAGCAAAGUAUGGGUGGAAAUGUUGUCCUAUGCCGCUACUCAUUGCAGAGCAGCUACCCAUGCACAACAAGUAAGUAAAGGCGGACAGCUUAUAUCUUUUGUUUGGUUACUCAUGGCUCAUUUCGGCCUGGAUGACCGGUUCCAAAUCAAUGAGGGCCAUGCUAGGGCAAAACUGAUUGUGGGUACGUAGUUGAAUCAGCAGUGUUCUAUUGGUCUUGUUAAUUAUAUGUUAGAAAUAAAAUGGAUUGUUCCAUUAUGUGAAUUUUUUUUUUCUUGAGUCAGGGUUUAAUUAAUUAAGCGUUGUAUUGGGCUUGUUAUCACUGCUUUGUUCUUCUUUUUGCUUUUUAUUUUUCUUUGUCGUGAGUUAUCAGUGAGAAAUAAAGCUGAUUUUACCAUUAUAGUGUGAAA